AGCGGCAUCCAGCCAACAUGAGUCGAGCAUCCCCACAUGGACGCUGAGGCUGAGUACCCUUCAAGACUCACUUGAAGCAGGACGCCUCUUUGCAAAUCCUUUACGCAAGUCAUGAGAGUGGUCUAAGCGUGUGUGUUUCAUUUCGCACGUAGAUAUAUCUUCUGUCUGAAGCUCAAGCACGGUUUGGUUUGAGAGUUUCUUUGAAGCUUCAAGUUUUUCUUAUUCCUUGGUGCAGCGUCUCAAGGCUGCGAAGAAGGAAGUGUUUCAGCUGCGUAUGGCUUGGUUCAUACUUGUUGCUCGUAUUUCUUAAUCCCGCCCUCCCGCCUCCAUCGCGCCUCAAAUACAUCCACGCCCCGCUUCAACUCUUAAGACCCGCUUCGAUUCCCAUUCCUCGGAAUACCGAGUCACUCUUCUGAAUCACAAUGGCUCCAACACCGGUGGACACUCAACCUGAAAAGCCCCAACCAACCUCUGAACCGGAGCAGAAAUCAUGGUCGACUGGAACCAUCAUCAUGGGCUCAGUCUUCCUAUUCCUCGCCGUCUCCCUCAUCGUCACCCUCGUUGCUUUCUGGUUCCAUAAACGCGCAGAGCGCAACAAACUCCCUCCGGAAAAGCGCCCGUCCUCGUACCACCCCUUCCGCACACAAUCGUCCGACAAGAGCAGCCUCCUCGCGAACGCAGCACCCAGCCCCGAAGACGACAAGUCGAGCAUGUUCAGCCGCGACCGGAGCACCAGCGUAUCACUCUAUGUCGAUACGGAUGUCGUGGACAAGAGAGCGAGCAUGGAGAACGUGAGCUUGAUUCCUCUCCAUAUUACGCCUGCAGAGGAAACACACGAUCCCAUGGACAGGACUACAAGUGUGGGAAGCAGAGUCAGCGCACUGAGUAGAGGGAGCAGCAGAUACAGCACUGGUGCAAGCAGCUUGGCGCUCAGCCCGAUACAGCAGAAUGAGGAUGGUGAUCUAGGGACGAGUUCAAGGCCUAGGAGUACGAGCACAACAAGCAUGCGCUAUUACUCUACCACUCCUACCGAUAGGGAGUCGGCGCCGCAGAUACCAAAGAUUGUGCACACGCCGUCGGAGUAGCCACUGAGCCGGACGGAGAAGAGGGGGUUUGAAGGCUCGAAGGCGCGGUGUCUACAGACUGGUUCCUUGUGGGGAAAUGGGAGCAGAGGGGGGUGUUUCCUACGUCUUCAUGUCUCACUGUUUUCAGCAUGACCUUUUCCAAUCUCGCAUUGCUGCUAUUUCAUGUUUCCUAUUGCUUCUAAUUCCAGAAUGUCUUUUGAGCAUCAUAA